AUGUUCUGCCUCCGCAGCUGGCUCCCGCUCCUCUUCAUCCCGACAAACGCCUCGCCCGCCUUCAUCUUCCUCUUCUUCAUCUGCACCUACUUCCUCAACCGCCCCUGCGUCUACUGCUCCGUCCUCCUCGUCAUCCUCUUCCUCACGUCUUGCAACUGGUCCGACCGCUGCUGCUUCGACCUCAGCAGCAACUGUCUGCAACUACCGCCCGACCACGACCAUGCCUUCAACGCCACAGUCGUCGACAUGCUCAACACCACCGCCAAAGCCGCCGCGCGGGCCGCCGCUGAGGAAAUCGCCGUGCUGAGGAACGAGUGGACGGGCUUGGGUGUCGAGUGGCUUAGAAACUUGCUGGGCAAGCGGGAGUGGAGGAUUGACUGCAUGGACAUUUACAUUCGAUUGUAA